AGCGAAACAGUAGCACGGAAUAUUUAUGUGACGUCCGCUCCCUGAUCACCAUGAAGAUCUUUUCGGCUUUCGGARUCCACUUGCAUGCAUCAACGGUAUGCUUGGCAUUUCAGUCAUCGAAUAUCUGGACGACGAAACAGAUUAAGAAGGUUGAACCAAGCACUGCUUUCGUCAACUUCGUUUCUUUUAGCAAUGGCGACUCUUGCGGUCUUGGAAAAUCUCAGAGAUUUCUCGCUUCUCUUCAGAUGAGCAACAAUGCUGGAGACGACGAUGACGACGACGACACCGAUGAAUACAUCGAAGAUGUGGAUCUUGGCGACUGGAGAUCGUUUCGAAAGACCCUUGUCGAUUCUGGUAUUUCAUACGAUACUACCAAGGAUGGAUAUCUGGACAAGGAUGCGGAGAAAAGCGAGACUUCCACAAUUAGCAACACGGGAUCGUCCAUCGAGAGACCGAAGUCUGUGUCGAAAGCGAACGAAGAAUUGCUAGAGAAGCAGAGUGAAAUACUUGCGAAAGAAUACAAAGAAGGAGUAUGGGCACACGAGGCUGCGUUUGCCGAAGUUGGUGGACUCGUUGUCCGCAUGCCAUUGGAAGCAGAAAUCUACAGGAACAAAGAUCAAUUGAUAAUAGGAAAGGAGCUAUCUGCUCGUCUCCCAACUGACGAACAAACAAGUAAGAAUGUUCUCGACGAAGAUAUUUCACCGAUCGCCGCGAAGACUCUAAAGUGGUACCGUGAAGCCCAGGCAUUAAUUCAGGAAGAGAUGGGAGUUAUUGCUGGCAGUGCGAAUGAAAAGGGAGAAGUUGAUCCGACGGGGCUGCCCGCCAAAACAGAGGAUUUACUCAAGUUGUACCUGAACAACCAAGAAAAUUGGCAGAGCGUAUGUCUAGUUGCGGAAAAGAACGAAAAUGAUGGCAGUGCUGUUACCUACACAUUGAAUCGACCCAUGGCUUUCAGUUUGUCAGAAAAUGUUGCGAAGAUGGUUCUAUUUGGCGCAAUGAGCAAUUUAAUUACGGACGGAAGAGUGCCGAUAUCAAAAACGAAUCUGUAUAGUAAAUUUCUCCGCUCUUUUGAAAAAGAAUGUGCGGUCUAUGUUGGAGGCCCCAAUAAGCAAGACAAACCAGCUGUUGUGAUUCAUGGAAUACAGGACCUUGAGGGAGCUACCGAAAUUGCAUCGGGUACGGGUGUGUACAUGGGUGGGUUAGAAGCAGCUAUUGACGGUGUGUUGGAUGGACGCUAUAAACCACUUGACUUUAGAUUCUUYAUUGGUUGCAAUAGUUAUCAGAAGGGUGGACUCGAUGCAGCGAUUGCAUCGAACAAAUAUCAACCUAUUGCUUGCACAAGAUCACUUGCUUUGAAGCAGUGCAUACAAUUGCCAAAACCUUUGUGGCAUGAAGUCAUGGAGAUGUGUGGUGGUGAACUGAUGGAAGUAUCUCGUUUAGAGCUUCAGAAGAGGAGUGACCUGAAUCCGGAAUAGAAUAAUCGAGAAGGCCAUACCAGAAUAAUGUAUUCGCUGGUACGAACAAAUUGGAGGAGUAAWAGCCGCACAGAUUCCUAAGUUAGACAUAUCUAGUUUUACUUGAACGUCCCAUUAUUUACUAAWCACUCGUCAAUAGUUUCAUUUAACCCUCCAUAAAAUAUGACUGCUUACAACACAUUGGCCUAAGUGUAGUUGUUCCUCACUUCCUGCACUUAGCCUGAGUUAUUGUAG